AUUCAAGCUUCGACCUCUACCCACACAACUAAUCCUCAUCUCCCAAAACCACGAUCAAAACAAACAAUCUUCAAAGCCCAAUGGAAGCAAGCUGUUCAACAAGUUCCAGUGUGAGGAGGAGAGCACCAAUGACGUGCUACUGUAAUCAAAAACUUGUCCUAGUUGUGGCGUGGACUGAAGACAACCCUGGCAGAAGGUUCUAUGGUUGUCCAAACUACUGGGUGGGGCGAAAGUGUAGGUUCUUCCAAUGGCGUGAUGAUAAGAUAUGUGAACGUGGUAAGGUGCUUAUCCCACAGCAAAGGCAAAGGAUCAUCAAACUUGAGGCUGAGCUUGCAGACUGCAAGAAGAGAGAGAAGUUUUUAGUUGUAGUUGUGGCAUUGUUAGUGGUGAUAUUUGCAGUUCUAUGUUUACUUAGGUAGGGGGUGGGAAUAACUUGUGUGGGUUGCUAUGCUUGUUAGUGCAUGUAGGGUUGCAGUGUUUA